AUGUGUGGUGACGAUGAGAACCUAGAAAAAAUGAUUGAUUGUCAAUUUGAUCAAUUCACUAAUGCACGAGGACUCUUUAGUCUUAAUGUAUCCAAAUCAACAAAAAAAGAAAAAACUCCAAUUGAUUGGUGGGAUUCAUACGGAGCUGACACGCCCGAGUUGAGGAAUUUUUCCAUGAGAAUUUUGAGUUUGACAUGCUCCUCAUUUGGUUGUGAGAGAAAUUUGAGUGCUUUCAAGAUGGUACAUUCCAAGAAAAGAAAUCGACUACAUCAACAGAAGAUGAACGACCCCGUGUAUGUGAUGUACAACUUAAAGCUAGAUGGAAGAGAAAAAAAGAAAGGAAAGAUACAUUAUCAAAUAGGACUUGAAACAUUGAAUCUUGAUGAUGUUAGUUCGGAUGAUGAAUGGAUUACUGAAGAGGAGUCUUCUCAUCAACAUGCAGAUGAAGAGUGGAUUAGUCAUCUUGAUGGUUCAAGUUCAAGCAAGUCGCAUACCCAUGAUGGUGGUGAAGAUGAAGAAUUUCUUGAAAUAGCUAUAAGAGAUCAAUUGCGUGUGGGUAGUGGAAGAGAAUUAGGAGAAGAUGUUUUUGAUUUAGGAGGAAACAAUAAGGAAGCACCAUUUGUUAUGCUAGACUAG